UAUUUUCUAUUUUUAUAUACGAGCGACAAUGUUUAGCCCGUCUGGUCGUUUUGCGGAUGCUCAUACGCUCUCACUUCCAUUUACUAUUGCAACAAGACGAAAUCAGGACUAUCAAGUACAACGAAUGAUGAGUUCUUACACAGCUACUUGUUUCUGGCUCUAUGGAAAUAAUGUUCAGGAUGGCCUUUUACUUCAAUGGGUGGAAGAAACUGCAAUGGGAUGGGAACGAUUUAAAUUUCUUUUUAUGCAAUAUUUUCGUGUUAAUGCUGAAGUCGAUAGAGGAUUACAAAAUAGUGAUUUUGAUUUACUUCAAUACAAAAUUCAAUGUAAUGAUUGUUCCCCUCCAUCAAAUAUUCAAGGAAUUGGAGAUGAACGCAAAAUUACUUUUAAAAAUAUUUUGUGUCCACAUUUGCGGUAUGAAUGUGGUUCUACAAAUGUACGUUUCAGUGUUUGGAGAGGGCUUCUUGAACUUUUACAAUUAUUUCAAGACAAUAAAACCUGCGUUAAAAAAUUAUGGGAAAAGAAUUUAUUGAUGGGAUUUAUGGAAUUUGAUCAAGUUGCAAAACUCCUUUCGCCAUACCCCUCUGCACUAAUUAUGCGACUUUCUUUUGUUACUGGUGGAACAAUUUGUAUAACUUUAAAAUCAACUGUACAUCAACAUUCUUCUGGAAUUGAUUCAAUAAUUACAGACGAACAAACUUCUUCAACAUCAUAUGUUGAACCAAUGCAUUUGGAACCUUUAGAUCUUAAAAAAUUGCAAGCAAAAAGUCUUGUUGAAUAUUUGAGAGAUAUUGCUUUGACUGAAAAAAUAAAAUAUUUAAUUAAUGCGAAUGGAGAGCCUCUCCAAAUUGGUGAACUCCUUCUUGAACAAUUUAAUGAAAAAAGUGCUGGUGGUGUUGGAGAAUUGGAAACAAGUCGUUGUAUUUCUUCUAAUGUUACACAUUGUGGGGAUGUUGGUGCAAUGCAGCAAAUAACAUUCACAGCAAUGCGUAUAGCUGUUGUUACUUGUAAAGUUAAACCUCCAAGUGCUGAUAUGGAUUUUGAUGAAGUUGUUCAACCUAAAGGUACUUCACCUGUCCCCAGUAGCAGUAGUUAUUCACCUUUUAAUCCUUAUUUCUUUGGCGGUGGAAAUAACAACACAAAUCAAACAAAUAAUUAUCGUCUUCCUGCAGCAAAUGAUGAUUUUGUACGAGAAGUUAUACAGUUGUGCAAUUUUUGGGGGAAAUCUAAACAGGACUUGACAGUCUUACUUGAACAAGCUGCUGAAGAGCAAUUCGCAACACUCUCCCUCAAUUCAGGGCAUUCUUCCCGUGCCCAAAGUAUUUAUAGAGACCCUUCUAUAACUACUGGAAAUGGUGGUAGAAGAAUAAGUACAGGAAGUGGAAUUAUAGAGCAACAACAACAACAAACAUCAACAACCCCAACACUUUUAGUUCAACAACAACAACAACCAAAUAAUAAUUCUUUUGAUUUAUUUUCUCCAACAAAUUCUACACAAUUUCAAUUACAAAAUAAUUUUUUAAGUCAACAAAAACAGCAACAAAUAAUAAAAUUGGAACAAAGAAUGUUACAGCAACAACAACAGCAACAAAAUAAUAAUAAUAAUGGACAUUCCUCUUUUUGA